CCAUCCCUGAGGGAUUCUCAGGCUGCAGGCAUCACAGCCUUCUUGCCUCAGCACCCAGCAUUGGAAAUGUAGUCCCACACACAGACGCCUCAUGGGCCACCACAGCUGGGGACAACAGGACUUUGCCAGUGAGGGGUCUGUGUUGCCACCUCAGCUGGCAAGGCCCUGCAACAUGGUAACAACAGUGCAGAAAAGCCGUAACCAAGAACUAUGCUCCUUUGCUCAGUCUUUUAGCAGAGGAAGAUGAUGCAGUGUUGUCUCCUGGGACAGAGUAGUACCGAGUUGAGAUGCAAGGGCCUGCUUUUGGAGGGUUUGAGAGGAAGGCACAAGCAGGUGCUGAGGGACAGGGACGGCCCUGGAGCUCUGACUACAUGAAGGGACACGCACUAGCACAACAAAGGCUCAACAGCUGGCAGGGCCCAGGCAGAGGCAGCCCAUGACCUGAAGGGGACAAGGUAGGAAGGGACAGCAGCACCUGGGAGGGGCCAUGUCCCCUGCCCCACCCAGCAGGUGUCCUGGGCAACCAGGGUGACUCCUCUGUGACCUUGCUGCGGAACCAGUGGAACCAGUCAGUGUGCACCAUGCUGUGCUGCCUGCUGCUCCUUGCGCUGCUGCUGGGGGCUGCCCUCCCACAGCCAGUGCACCAGAGUAGGGGCAGCUACUCAGUUCCUGAGGAUUUCUCUGCUCCCCUGGAGCUUCCACAGAAGCACUUCGGCCUGGUGGAUGAUUACGGCAUCAAACCCAAGCAGCCUCGCUUCAGGACGCAGGCGGCCCCGGCGCGGGCGGCGGAGCUGCGCAGAGCUCGCAAAAGCAAGCGCGACGGGCUGGACUUGCUGGAGUACUACGAAGACGGGCACCUGUGAGCCAGCGUGCCCCGGUGCCUGCCACAGCCCAGCAGGUGCUGUGUCAUCAUACUGCAAGAGACUGACCCUGCCAUUGCAAUUAAAAGUCACCCCAGAUGGAUGUGACAGGAAGCUGUGCCAUGGUCACAAGGAGGAGAUGCUGUCACCCCAGCCUGCAGCUGGAAAGGGCACGAGCACACUACUGCUCCCCACCAACUGCUCACAAGCAGGGCACCCAGCCGGUGCCUCUCCAAUAGAAUAAACUAAGAGUAUUUUGUACAAUAAA